AUGGAGAAGGGCUUUCAUCUUCAGAAAUCAACAAUCAGUCAAAAACAAUCCAACAUCAGCGAUAGAGACCCAUCAUUAUUCAGUAACAACAUUAAUACAUCAUUACCAACCGAGCACAGCGCCAAUGGAACCUCCAUGUAUGGAUAUCAAGCUGGCUCACCAAAGCUAGAGCUUGAGAGCAAUUAUAGCAGGACCCUCUUGAAAAAGGCAUUCGCCUCACAAUCUCCUGUACCUUACCAACUGCAUAAUGCGCAACACUGUAUACCAGAAAAUCAAGAAGAGUUAAUUUCACAUACAUUUGACUUGCAUGAUGUUAUACAGAGAUAUGGAGACCAGCCUGAAGUGUUAGGCCUAAUACUUUCUAGUAAGGUUGAAGAGGAUAGAAGGAAGGCGGAAGAGGCUCGACUGCGACAAAAGGAACUUGAAUAUCUCAUUCUCUCAAAACGAGAUUCUAUUGCUAUGCAGACAAAUCUCAAUCGAAAUGCCAGUUUCAUGGAUACUUCAAAUAGUCAAACUGAAACUUCAAGGGCAAUCGCCUUUAAUGGUAAAGGCAAAGCAAGACAAUCCUUAUCAAGCAACGACAAUAAAUACUUUCGCUCAUCGGCCAACGAAUCAAUAGAAUCACCAUACGCAACUGCUGCAAAGGAUACCCAAAUGAGCAACAAUCAGGAGCAGUUAUUUGGCGUAGAAGCAAAGCGGAAACGAGAGGCAAAUCCAACAUAUCAACUAUCAGAUAGUAGCGAUUACUUUUCUUCAGCCUACCUUGCUGUUACUCAACCUGAGUCAGCCGCCACUCGAGAUAAACGGCAUGGCAGUAUCAGUCAGUUACGAUCGCCAAAUAAAUCAGCAGCAGGGAGCCCAUCUGAAGUGAUAAGUCAUCAGUUACAGACAAGAGAUCAUCUCUAUUCCCGUAGAGAUUCCAACAAUUACACACCGACAUUGCCUAGAUCACCAUAUGAAGAAAAGCCCUUUUUAGAUACUAUAGGAACGAAUACAUUACCUCCGAUUAAUGUAUCUCUGCAAUCACAUGGACGAAGAGCAGAAUCACCCAUGUCCACUUCACACAAAGACGAUCCACCCUCGACAAAUCUCCCAAAACGAUUCAAGAAUAUAACAACUUUGGAUUCAUUUGAAGCAUCCAUUCUAGAGACUCUGCCCUUCGAUAAUACAUCGGAUAGAUCAAGUGAAUCUCUGCAAGAUGAAAGGCGAUCAAGUGUUCCUACCGAAAGAUACUCAGGCAAUAAACGAAGCUCCAUCACUCUUAACCAACAACGAUCCAUAUCAUUAGACGACAAUAGCAGUAAAGCCAAGAUCCACAACAGUAUAGGUGGGCCAUCCGACGUACCCAAAAAGCUGCUGCUGCCGCCCAACAAUCGUCCAACGAAGCCAAUUUGCCCAGACUUGAUUAAUAGACCACGAAGAAGACGAAGAGAGAUGCAGGCCAUCAGUAUGAUUAUUGAAACGAGAGAGUUUCCAUACAAUGACGAGUAUGUCUGGAAAAACAAUGGAAAUACGAUACACAAAAAUACCGGGCAGAAGAGUAUUUACUACAAAUGCUCAAAUAGCAUGAUGGGAUGUCCUGUGAAUAAAACAGUUACUUUUAGAGACAACGGUGAAUAUCUGAUUAAAUAUCGAGGCAACCAUCUGGAUGAUUGUAAUAAAAUUAAGCGAGUCGUUAGCAUUUAA